AAAUCAAAGCCUCUCCGUGGUGGAUAUGGUGAUGCGCUGCUUGAUGAACGCUGUGCUGCUGGCUGUACCAUGAUGACUUUACCUGUGAAAAAAAUGUUGAAACUUCUCUAUCCGGACCUGGUUCGUGUGGACGAGUCUCUUGUAAAAAUAUCUCCUCAAACUGACGAGUCUGACAAAAAGAGGAUCCCACUUACUGUAGAGAGCUUAGAUACCAGAGGUCUUUAUAUCUUUGAUGAUGGUUUUCGGCUUGUUUUGUGGUUUGGUGGCUCUAUUUCACCUGAUAUUGGUAGAAAUUUGCUCGGUGAAGACUUUACUAGUGACUACUCAAAGGUUAGCCUUUCUCUGCGAGACAACGAAAUGUCAAGAAAGCUAAUGAAGAUAAUUAAUAAAUUUAGGGAGAGCGAUUCAUCGUAUUUUCAAUUAUGUCAUCUCGUGAGGCAAGGUGAACAACCAAGAGAAAGUUUCUUCCUCCUCACAAAUCUAGUGGAUGACAAGAACAGUGGUGCAUAUAGUUAUGCUGACUGGAUUUCGCAACUAUACCGACAAGUUCAACAAAAUGCAUAAUCUUCAGGUAAAUAAUAUUCUAAUAUAUUAUGCGAGCAAGGUGUUAGGUUCCAGUCAAAAUCCAUAUUGCCAAGUUCAUAACGUAAGGAGCGUGACUCUUCAUGUGUUUACGUUGCAGAAUUUCCAGAUAAUAUGCUGUCUUUCUCCUGUUAAAAAUGCUCGGUUUGGUGAUUCACUGGAUCACGAGUUAAAGGGGAUUGAGAGAUACGGCUUUUAAACGAUUUCUUUAUACAUAUUACUAAUUGGGAUAAAAAGUGACAUAAUAUCUAAUUUAUGAGUAGUUCUUUU